GGUCCUUACAAAAGCCUCACCCUAGCCUCGACACCACCUUCCCUUGAGGACACGUGUCAUCCCCCAACUCGCUUGCGCAGUAACAUUGCAGUUGGCAUGUUGUAGCACAUGGACUGAAUAUUUUGUUCCACCUCGGCAACGCGUACUUGUCAGCGGAAGACUGACUGAGAAUAGGGACCCAGACCAACCUUGUACGCUCUCUACAACGCAGUGACCCCAUGGCGACUCCGCAUUCAGAGUUGGAACUCGAGAGCUCCGGCGAAGAUACAUGCGAAGGCCCAUCCCAUCAGAGAGAGACAGAGAGGAAGUUCGGGAAAUGUUUUACCAUGCUUACAGAGCGUACAUGGACAAUGCCUACCCAGCUGACGAGUUGAUGCCCUUAAGUUGCAAAGGCCGUUAUCGUGGCACGGAACCCAGUAGGGGAGACAUAGAUGAUGCCCUGGGAAACUUUUCGCUCACUCUAGUUGACACAAUGGAUACGCUUGUGUUGCUGGGAGACAUUGAUGAGUUUGAGCGCGUUGUCAGGAUGAUAAUCCGAGAUGUCACAUUCGACCAUGACAUUGCUGUAUCCGUGUUUGAAACAAACAUCCGCAUGGUGGGGGGCUUGCUGAGUGGCCACAUCCUUGCUUCAUACCUCCAAGAGCAUCACGAAAGACUUCUAUGGUACCGGGGUGACUUGCUCUCUAUGGCCAAAGAACUGGGGUACAGGCUUCUUCCUGCUUUCAACACUUCAACGGGAGUUCCCCAUCCACGGAUAAAUCUGAAAUUUGGGCUCAAGUCUCCCAAACUAGGGCAAGUUCGUGAAACCUGUACAGCAUGUGCUGGGACCAUGAUACUGGAGUUUGCUGCUCUAAGCCGACUUACGGGAGAGCCGGUCUUCGAGGAAAAAGCACGAAUUGCUAUGGAUUACUUGUGGCAGCAAAGGCACAGAUCAAGUGAUCUUAUGGGAACAGUUCUCAACAUUCACAAUGGAGACUGGAUCAGAAGAGACAGUGGAGUAGGAGCUGGUAUCGACUCAUAUUAUGAGUACUGCCUCAAGGCAUAUAUCUUGCUCGGUGAUGACUUGUACUUGGACCGGUUUAACAAGCACUAUUCUGCUGUGAUGAAGUACAUCAGCCAAGGUCCAAUGCUGGUUGAUGUUCACAUGCACAGACCGCACACAAAUUCUCGAAAUUUCAUGGAUGCCCUGCUGGCCUUUUGGCCUGGUUUGCAGGUGCUAAAGGGAGACAUUAAGCCAGCAAUAGAAACACACGAAAUGCUGUACCAAGUGAUGCAAAGGCACAACUUCCUACCUGAGGCAUUCACAACAGACUUCCAAGUUCAUUGGGGCCAACAUCCCUUGAGGCCAGAGUUUGUAGAAAGUACUUAUUUCCUUUACAAGGCGACUGGUGACCCAUACUACCUCGAAGCAGGUCGGAAAAUAGUUGAGAGCCUCCAGAAGUACGCUAGAGUCUCGUGCGGAUUUGCAGCAGUCAAGGACGUUCGUACUGGAACGCACGAGGAUAGGAUGGAUUCUUUUGUAUUGGCUGAGACGCUCAAGUACCUGUACCUCCUGUUUACAUCUAAAGAAGAUAUCCUAUUGGAUCUGGAUCAUUUUGUGUUUACUACAGAAGCGCACCUUUUACCACUUAGUCUGGCAAGAAUCAAUGCAACGCAUUUUAACAUGUCUCCUCGGCUUAUGUUCAGCCACCCAGAUGAGGAAUUCUCCUACACUUGUCCGAAUACGCAUUACUUAUUUCCGAAAGACGAUUUUGCCCAAUCUGUUCGGCAGCCGCUCAAAAACAUGGUAGAAGGAGCGUGUCCUACUUCACCUCCCAGGCAAAGGAGAUUGCACGCAUCUGAGUUUGAGGCCAGCAAGAAAGAUCACCUUAACCUAGUGAAGAAGAUGGGAGUUUUUGUGACACUGAUGGCCGAUGGCAGAAUACAGCUCAUUCAUAAUGCAGCACAGGCUGAAACACAGGAAGAUGCGCAAGAAGGUCUCCUGUUUAUGCAAGAGAUGAUUGAGCUGGCAAAACAACAAAACAAUCAAGCAGACCAGCACAUGCGAUCAGUUGUGUUUGCACCGUCGUCUACAAACGUGAGGAUGGUGCUGCAAGCUGGACCGGCUCAGUUUGGUAAAGAUCUUGGCAAGAAAGACAAUGAGGUUCAAGGCCAGUUGGUUGUUGUGGAACCCCUGAAAUGUUGUGGCAACAUUCAGAAUAAAGACCAACUGGCUGGAAAGAUAGCAGUGAUGGAGAGGGGAGAAUGCAUGUUUGUUGAGAAGGCACGACAAGUUCAAGCUUAUGGUGCCAUUGGAGGAAUUGUUCUCGACAGCAACCCCGGCACCAACGCACAUUCAUCACCUGUAUUCGCCAUGUCCGGGGACGGCAAGGACGACGUCAACAUUCCCGUGGUCUUCCUGUUCACCGAAGAUGCACAGUUGCUGAUGAAAGCGUUGAAGGAGGAACCAAAUUUAGUCGUUACACUUUCUGACUUUUCCCUCGCGUCCGGUGAUGGCAUAGAAGCGAGCAUUGCACGCAAUGAUUCACGCGGCACAGCGACUGUAAUAAGUGCAGCUGCAGAUACGCAGGAAGCGGCUGACAUACUCGAAAUCAUGCGAGCAACUCGCAAGCUGCAUGCACUGCAGGAGCUCACCGACAAGACGGGAAAGCUGCUCACGAGCCGAGCGAAGGUGCGCAGCGUGCUCGGAGACCUAGUCAGCCAGCAGAAGAUAUUCGAGCUGGACGUACAAGGUCUCCUCAGCCGUCUCGAGGACCUGAUACAGGCCAGUGCUCGGCCGGCGGCUUCCGCGUCUCUCUUCUGUUCGUCUGCGUCGUCCACAAAUCCAGCUCAGGAUGUAGCUGCAUUUGUUGAGUUUGUUGGGCGCAGUUCCUGCAGUGUAUGUGAAACAACGGUACCAGACUUGGGUAGCGUGGCAGACUCCUCAUGAUGAAACAAGACCUUGGCGCUUAGUUUUUGAGUUACCCUCCAAUGUACUGGUUGAGAAGCGGAGACCUGGAGAUGGGGGUGCAGUAGGUGCACACCAACUGCGCACAGUGUGUCAGGGAGCUUCGAACUGCUAUGCUCAACAUGUCGGUGUGUGGUUAUUCCUCUAAGAGUAACAUCAAGGGUGUUCCAUGGAUCAUUUGCAGCAAAACUUGUGCACGCCACCAUUUUUUUUUUCAACUACUUUGCUGGAAUGAAGCUAUCAUAUGUACCUCUGGUGCAGUUUUUUUUUUGACAGUCAGCACCAGGGUUUUGUGAUGGGGGAACGCUGGAAAGCAUAUUUUAACGAGACUAUGAACUGACUAAUAUGAUGGGGGGGAAAUUAUCGCAGGCAUUACCAUCGCGUUCAGUAACACAAUCUGCGACAGAAAUAUUAUCUUACUACUCCUCUGUAGAGUGUAAGGGUUUUGGGCUGAGCUUCAAAUGUUGGAAAAAUCCCAAAAUGUGGCCCCAAUUAUGCACGGUUCCACUUUUGUGGCAUUUGUGGCUAGUAGCACAGAGCCGAGAGCACUGGGCAAGCAAAAGUAAUAUGUGAUGUAAUGCACAGAAACAAAAGGAGCAAGUUUCUUUGCACAAGGAGAAUAUGCUUGCUUAAUCAGCAGUGAAAGCUCAGUCUUUCUUUGCUGUUUCAUGCUAAACUUACCAUUGUAAAAGUACAGGUGAAGUUCCAACAAGGGGACAUAACAUACAUACAAGAAGUACCAUGCAGUUUAAGACCAAAAACACUUCUUGAUUAUUAUUAUCUCUACUCCCUGGAGCAGAAAAAGAAAUGUGCACGCUUACCGAAAACCUUGGACUCUACAUGUUUUAUGUGCGGAAGACAAGAGUGUACAUAAAUCAUUCUCAUACAGAGGAUUUCACUGACAUAGAUUACUUCGUUAAACAGUGCACAUGGUGUGCACAUAUUCCAGUGUUGGGAUAGACACAGAUUUUUUUAAACUGUGUCUAUAUGUUUGUUGCAGCUUGCUAAAAUUCAGCAAGCCUGAAACGUUGAGUGUGACAGCAAUAAUGAUGGCCUGUGCAUUUGCAACUGCAGUUCUCAACUCUUCUUUUGCCAAUUAGUAUGUAGAUAUGUGUGAUUUUAUUUCUUUGCAUGAACUACCAAAGCACAGGCUAUGUACAGUACAUAGGGCUGAAGAAAGCAAACCCCAGUAACUGGAAACUAGAGCUGAAAUUUUCUAGAAAUGCAAAUAGAACAGGAUUUUCUUUGUUUCUCAUGUGGGCAGGCAAAGAUCGACAUGCUGGUUGAAAAUACUGGUGUCUUUUUGGAAAAUUUGUUGGAGGUAUGGGGCAUUCCAGUUGCAUUAUUUGCCUCUAGCAUAAGGGAUCAUAUUCCAAAGAUUUGACCAAACAUAUUGAUCGCUUUCUGAUAAAGCAGCCAUAGUCUUUUGGAUUAAUUCGUCACCCACGGUCACUCCAAUUCAUCACCCACGGUAUAAAAGAAGCUGCUCCCGCAUCAUUGAUUCACCCCUAAAGAAGGAGCCAGGUUAAUUGGCUCUAAAACACCGGGAAAACUGUUCUGUGGUUUUUGGUUGGUGUUAUCUGUCUGUCUAUUAUCCCCCCAACCAGACACACACGUGUCAAAUAUGUUAAAAAUAAACCUGGUCAUGUCAGUUUUAUACAGCUGCAGGCGCCAGCUGAAUGCGGUUGUAAAUUGUGUUGAAAAAAAUAACUCAUUGGAGUGUGAAACAGCUGCAUGAAUGCAAGCAGAGGUGAUGAUUUUUUUUUUUUUUUUGCACAACGCAUGGGUUGUAUAGGGCACCAAGAUCUUUAUAGUCCUGACAUGGGCUGUAUGUAAUGACAUGCUAGUCAAUCGUGUUGAAUUCUGCUGUGUGCACAGUUUCACGUAAAGGACUUGAGCAUGACAAACUCAAGCGGGAUACUCUACUUGUGCGCUAGUACAAGCAAAAGCAAUGUGUUAACGUGGAAAUGGUAUUUGGCCGUUUUGUAACGCUUUCUGAGAUGCAUAACAACAGUACUACAGCGCUCAAAGGCUAUCUCACUUUGUCACUCCAAACUCUAAGAACAUUACUCAUGCUGUGGCGAACAAGUAUUGCUUUUGGUUACGACUGUCUGCUAUCGUUGCCCCUGUAUUGUGACAUCAACUACACUGUUCAAAUAAUUUGAAUCAAGUGGGAGCCUGGAUAUUUGGUGCUGUAGUGUUUCCAUUCAGUUAGGCAUUAUUGCUAUACAUCAUUUGUUGUUACGCAGGGAGUGCUGACAUCCGUUUUCUCAGUGCGCUUCUAGUGUUAUAAAACUCGUUUCGAAAAUUGAGAAGCUGCUGUUUAACAACGUGCAAUUUUUGUCACCUAUAUUAAAUCGAUAUGUUCCAAAUCAAUCUUCGAGUCAUGUGAACGCUGCAUGUUGAAGCUAGGAAUGCAAGGUGGCUACAUGAAUUGAAAAGCAAAAUUGAAUUGAAUGAAAUCUUUGGUGACACAUUCCGUCCAGCUCUCUAACCACAAUUUUUUAUUUCAUGAAAUUGUAUCUGAAACUGCAUUUCAUUAUCAUGUUGCAAAUGCAUUACGGUCUGUGUUAUAAACCAAGGAUGCACUGUGGAAAUAAACAUAUAUUGUGGAUAAGUA